CGGGGGGCCCUGGCGCAGCCGCGCACGCCGCGGGCCAGCACGCCGCCGCCGCCGAGGGAGGGCACGCCUCCCAGGGCCUCCUCGGCCAGGGGGUGGUCCCAGUUCCCCGCGCACAGCCUCCUCCACGAGCCCCCCCCGGCGGAGCAGGCGGCAGGCCGCCAGGAGGGUGCGCCGAGUGGGGCCGCCGCGAGUCCGAGGAGCUCCGCGCCCUGGCUGGCGUUCCUGGAGAAGAACGAGACGUUCGCCCGCGAGCGAGAGGCGCUCCUGGAGGGCCUGAGGAGGCAGCGGGAGCUGGAGGCGCAGCAGGGCGGCCCCGCGGCCUCUCGGAGGGCGCAGCCGUCCAGGUGGAGCGGCGGGAGGAGCUUCUCGAAGGCUGAGAGGAAGAUCGGCGUUUGGUAGGAGUGAGUUUUUCUCGAUCGGGGCGGAUUGCUGCGCUGCUGCUGGCCCGCGUGGGCCCCCGAGCUGGCGCCUGGCAUCCGGCUCACUGCAGCAUUCGUUUUUUUAUCGCAGGCCCAGAGGCGGCGAUCCGCACAUCUGCGCGGGCCGCCGAGAGGUUUCUGGUUGCGCAUGCUUGUCUUCUUCGAUCCCGGUGCAAGAGGAUCCUUCGGUGGCGGC